GAGAGAGGGAGAAAGAGAGAGGCUCCAGCCCACUACCAGCAUGUCCCCAGGGGCCCUCAGCCUGCUCGCCUGGCUGCCCCUCCUGCUGCUCAGUCCAGCUGUGGUACCAGACCCCGACCAGCUGGGAUCUCUGAGAGGAGCGUGUGAAAGCUCUGCUGUACUGGUGAAGCCCUCAGACUCCAGCUCUACAGUCACCAUACCUGCCUGCUCGUGCUGAGCAGACCCCCCCCCACCACCACCACCACCACCUGUGGAGAUGGCAGCCCGGGCCCUGGCUCUGCUUUUACCCCUGGUGCUCGCCAUCUUGAGUCUGUCGCCUGCGCCCGCUCUGGGAGGAUGUCCCCUGGCGUGCCGCUGUUCGUUCGCCAUGCUGCAGUGCCUGGAGCCCAACCGGAUCACCAGCAUCCCGCCACUCGUCCCGCUGGAGAGCGAGAACGUGACCGAGAUCUACAUCGAGAACCAAGAAGACCUUGAGAACAUAACAGAAGUCGACAUGGCUUACUACAGAGAGCUGAGGAACCUCACAGUCACAUCCUGCAAGCUGAGGUUCAUCGCUCACAACGCGUUCCAGAACAACCUGAAGCUGCAGUAUGUAAAUCUGGCAUCAAACUAUCUGGAGCGGAUCAGCUGGAGAGUCUUUCAUUUUCUGCCGCUGCUCAACCUGGUUUUGCGGGACAACCCCCUCCUCUGCUCCUGUGACCUCUUCUGGCUGCAGCAGUGGCAGAACGACGAUCGGGGCGACCUGGACACCCAAAUGUUGUCGUGUUCGUCGGACUACGAGGAUUUGCCGCUCAAUUCUUUAGUCUUUGACAACUGCAGUCUGCCGGAGGUGACCAUCAUGUCCUCUCAGUACAAGACGCAGGAAGGAGGAAACCUCACCUUCCAGUGUGUGGUGACAGGAAGUCCUACUCCAACCGUCAGGUGGAGAACGGAUGAACUCUCUUCUCCCUUCGUCACCGAGGAAACCAAGUGGGGCUCCACAUUAAAGCUGCUCCUUCACCUCACCAACGUUUCCUCCAAGGACAACCUGCACAACCUGACGUGUGAGGCCGAGAACCAAGCUGGGCCCAAGGAGGGGAUGGUGCAGUUGGACAUUGAGUUUCCAGCGAAGAUCAUCUUCCUCCGAGACGCCGUGCAGCAGCACAACUGGUGCUUCCCGUUCGCCGUGGACGGCAACCCCGAGCCCAGGUUCACCUGGCUGUACAACGGCGCCCACUUCAAGCAGAACCUGUACGCCUACAUGCAGUUCAUCCCGGACUCGGACGACGGCUCGGAGAAGCACGGCUGCCUCUUCCUCAACAAGCCCACCCACAUCAACAACGGCAACUACUCUCUGAUCGUGGAGAACACACUGGGGAGGGACGAAGCCACCGCUGUGGGGAAGUUCAUGGACAACCCAUUUGACCCCUUUGACCCCGAGGGCUUGAUUCCAGUCCUGGACAUGGAUACAAGUCCCACGGUCAGACCGAACAUGCAAGUGACGGAGACGCCGGAGAGCCGGGUCCUGGUGGUGUCGGUGGCGGUGGGGCUCGCCGUGUUCGCCUGCGUCUUCCUGCUCGCCGCCGUUUUCGUCAUCAACAAGUGCGGCCAGCAGUCCAAGUUUGGGAUCCACCGCUCAUCGGUUCUGGGCACCGAGGACGAGCUGGCCGUGUCGCUUCGCUUCAUGAACUUCGGGACCAGCCCGCCUUCCUCGGAUGAAGACUCCGGUCUGUCCAGCUUUGUGGAGAACCCGCAGUACUUCUGUGGCAUCAUCAAGGACAAGGACAUGUGUGUGCAGCACAUCAAGAGGCAAGACAUCGUGCUGAAAUGGGAGCUGGGGGAAGGAGCGUUUGGGAAAGUCUACCUGGCCGAGUGUGCGCACCUCAGUCCGGACAGCGACAAGAUGCUGGUGGCCAUCAAGACUCUGAAGGACGCCAACGAGUCGACCCGGCAGGACUUCCAGCGGGAGGCGGAGCUUCUGACCAUGCUGCAGCACCAGCACAUUGUGCGCUUUUACGGCGUGUGCACGGACGGAGAGCCGCUGGCCAUGGUGUUCGAGUACAUGAGGCACGGAGACCUGAAUCGCUUCCUCCGAGCUCACGGCCCUGACGCUCGGAUCCUGGAGGAGUCCAAGAUGCCCCCGUUGGGUCAGCUGACCCUGCCCCAGAUGCUGCAGAUCGCGGCGCAGAUCGCCUCGGGCAUGGUUUACCUGGCCUCUCUGCACUUCGUCCAUCGUGACCUGGCGACCCGUAACUGCCUGGUGGGGGAGGGGCUGGUGGUGAAGAUAGGAGACUUUGGGAUGUCCCGGGACAUCUACAGCACAGAUUACUACAGGGUGGGUGGGCGUACCAUGCUGCCGAUCCGCUGGAUGCCCCCAGAGAGCAUCAUGUACCGGAAGUUCACCACAGAGAGCGACAUCUGGAGCUUCGGUGUGGUUCUGUGGGAGAUCUUCACCUACGGGAAGCAGCCCUGGUACCAGCUGUCCAACAGUGAGGCCAUUGAAUGCAUCACGCAGGGGCGGGAGCUGGAGAGGCCGCGCACCUGUCCCAAGGAGGUGUACCAGCUGAUGCAGGGCUGCUGGCAGCGGGAGCCCCCCCAGAGGACGGUCAUCAAGGAGAUCCACAGCCGCCUGCUGGCGCUGGUCAAGAACCCCCCCGUUUACCUGGACAUCCUGGGCUGAGGGGGUCAGAGGUCCCACGUUUACCUGAGUGUCUGUUGUUUUCUGUGCCAGGGGGGAGGUAGGGAGGGAGGGAGGGGUUAUUUUUUAAGAAAAAAAAAUGUAAAAAAUGAGGAAAAAGUUUGUACCCCAGGGAAUUCUGGGAUGUGCGGUUUGAGGGAGCAGAUGGAUUCGGAGGGAGAGGGGCAGAUGUUGCUGAAACUGAAUGCUUGGAUGGAUGGGGGGGGGGGGUACCACCCAUGUAAAUAGAGGAUGUACAGACGGGGGGGUUCUGUCUAAAACCUGUAUCUUGUUGCUCUUUGUAAAUCGUCGGCCUUACAAUAAAAAAUAAAUAAAAUGGUUUUAAAAAUAACAAAACUCGAUCCGGUUCUCAGCGGAGAACAAAGGCGGCGCCCGUCUGAACGAGC